GGGGGAGCGGGAGGAGGAGGGUCGUCGGCCCGUAGUUGGGAGCGGAGCCAACCGGGGGGCGGGACGACGGGCGGGGGCGUCGAGCCCCGUCCCCCCCACGGCGGCCAUGGAGGACGAGGAGCGUCUGAGGAAGCUGGAGGCGGGCAAGGCCAAGCUCGCCCAGUUUCGGCAGAGGAAGGCACGGUCUGAUGGGCAGAAGACGAAAAGGAAGAAGCAGCAGCCGUCCCCAGGCAGCAGGUACGAGGUGUCCUCGGCCAAAGCUGUGGUGGGCCUGGAGCGGGCCCGGAGCGACGAGGUGCCCACUGAUGGCCCUGGGCAGGGCCCGACGCACCGAGCGGCUCCCGCCCGUGGUGGGACCCAAUCGGACCAGGCGUAUGCUGUCGAGCCGGAGAGUGAGAUUUCAACCACGGCUGACGGUUUCAGCUCAGAGGUGAAUGGCUGCAGUUUGGGGAGGACAGAAACACCUCCAAAUGUGCUAAGGGAGGAAGAAGGAGAGUUUGGAGUUGGAGAGGUGUUUUCCGAACGUGGAGCUCAGGACGGACAGGCCCGCCUUGAGGCGGCGGAGACCGAGCUGGCCAGGAGGCUGCAGGAGAUCGAGGAGCUGAGCAGGGAGCUCGAGGAAGCGAGGGCGGCCUAUGGCCCUGAGGGGCUGCAGCAGCUCCAAGAAUUUGAAGCGGCAAUCACACAGAGAGACGGCAUCAUCUCCCAGUUGACGGCUCACCUUCAGCAGGCACGGCGGGAGAAGGACGAGACCAUGAGGGAGUUUUUAGAGUUGACAGAGCAGAGCCAGAAACUACAGCUCCAGUUUCAGCAUUUACAGGCAAGCGAGACGCUGCGAAACAGCACCCACAGUAGCACUGCCGCUGACUUGCUGCAAGCCCGUCAGCAGGCCGCGAUGCAGCAGCAGCAGCUGGAGGAGCAAGGCCGCCGGCUUGUGGACUGUCAGAAGCAGCAGCAAGAAUUCCAAAAGGAAAUUGCGAUCUUGGAAGAGAAAAUCAGAAGUACUGAAACGGAGUGCCUUAAACAGGAGCAAGAGUCGAGGAGCCGAGAGCUGGAAAAAGAAGCGGCGAUAGAGGUGCUGAAAGCCAGGCUGGCAGAAGAAGAAGAAAGGCAUUCCUUGGAGCUGAAAGACCACGGGCUGGCCAGGGAGAAGCAGCUGGAGGCCCUGAGGGAGCAGAUGGCCCGGCAGGACCGAGAGGUGGCGAGUGCCAGGCUGGAGCUGGCACAGACCCGCCAAAGGGAGCAGCAGAGCUCGGAAGAGGUGAGGCGGCUGAUGGGCUCCGUGGAGGAGCUGCAGCAGCGGCAGCAUGCGGGUGGCUGGGCGGAGCAGGAGGCCCAGCGGAGGCUAGAGCAGCUCCGGGCGGAGCUGGAAGAGACGCACGGGCAGCAGAUCGUUCAGAUGAAGAAGGAGCUGACCCGGCAGCACCACUCCCAGACCGAGGCCCUGCGCGCCCAGCACCAGGCCGAGCUGGAGAGAGCCACCGCUCGGGACCCCGGGCCGCCGAUCGACGAGCUGAGCGCACGGCUGCACGAGGCUCUCGCCCAGAGGGACGGACUCUCGCAGGACCUCUUGCGAGAGCGGGAGGCCGCCUCGGCCGAGAAGAGCACCCUGGGGCGGCGGCUGGAGGAGCUGCAGGCGGAGCUGGACCUGGUCCGGGAGCAGGGCCGGCUGGCCGGCGCCGACCUGGAGCGCCGGCUGGGCGAGGCCCUCAGUGCCGUGGAUGACCUGAAGACCCAGGCCGCGACCGCGGCAGAGGUCACCCGGGAUCUGCAGGCCAAGCACGAAGCCGAGGUCACCAACUACCGGAUCAAGCUGGAGAUGCUGGAGAGGGAAAAGGACGCCGUCCUGGACCGCAUGGCGGAGGCUCAAGAGGCCGACCUGGACAGCCUGAGGACGCAGCUUCUGUUCCGCCACGAGGAAGAGCUCUCGCGGCUGAGGGAGGAUCUGGAAGGGGAGCACCGGGCCAACGUGGCCCGGCUGAAGGAGAGCCUGGGCCUCCACCACGAGCAGCAGCUGGAAGGGCUGCGGGCUGAGAUGCGCCGGCAGUUGGAAGCCUUGCAGCUGGAGAAGGACGGCUUGGUCACCAGGCAGAACCAGCUGCUCCUGGAGCUGUCUGCCCUGAGAGAGGUGCAGCAGUCCCCGGGGACGUCAGAGGCGGAGGAGACAGCCCUCCGGCUCCGGGAGCUGCAGAAAGAGGUCGAGGGACUCCGCCGGGGGGAGAACGAGAAGGGAACCCUGGAGCUGGAGGUCCAGGAGCUGCAGCUGAAGGCGGAGCUGCUGGAGAAGGAGCUGAGGGAAAAAGAAGCCCUCCUCCGAGAAGGCCUCAGCCGGCCCGGGGUCGGAGACGGUGAUGGGCCCGAGGAGGUCCUGGGCCUGACCGAGGAGAACCGGCGCCUCACCCAGCAGUGCGCCCAACUGAAGGAGGAAGUGGACAGGCAAAGGGACACGUUCUCGUUUGCCGAGAAGAACUUUGAGGUCAACUACCAGGAAUUGCGGGAGGAAUAUGCCUGCCUGCUCAAGCUGAAGGCAGAUUUGGAAGAGGGCAGGAGCCGGCAGGAGGCCGAACAUCGGGAGAAGGUCCAGGCCCUGACCCAAGAGCUCCGCCGCCUGCGAGCCUCUGGGCGGGGGGCCCCCCAGGAUGCCGGGGCCCCAGGGGUGGAGACUGCCGAGCCUGGGGAAGUGGUGGAGAAAGACACCACUGAACUGAUGGAGAAGCUGGAGGUGACACAGCGGGAGAAGCUGGAGCUGUCAGAGAGACUCUCGGCUCUCUCCGGCCAGCUGGACCAGAAGCACCGUGAAGUGGACCGGCUUCACGGGCAGGUGGACUCUCUCCAGCGGGAAAAAGAUCAGCUGCUGGUGAUGUGCCGGGAGCUGGAGGCGGUGGCUCAGCGCCAGGGGGCUGACCUCCACGGGACGCCGGUGGAACCAGAGCCUGAUGGGGCGAAGACCGCCCCCCGUGAGUUUCCGCAGCCCCCCAGCCGGGGGGCCCGGGAGAGCCGAGGGUUCGGCGACGGAGCACAGGCGGCGGAGGCGCGGCCACCGACGCUAGAAGCUCCUCUCCCUCCCGGCCCAGGGGGCAGGGAAGGGAACCAGCAAACCCGGCUUCCAGUAAAACAGCCGCACGUGGGCCACUUGGGGCCCCAGGUGACUGGCCGCCGUCGCGGCCGCCGUGGCCACCGCCGAGCCAGUGAGGCGCACCCUGGGGCCGCUGUCCAGAAGGAGGAGAGUGACCAUCUCCGGCGGGAGCUGGGCAGACUGGAAGCUGAACAGGCAGAUUUGAGGCUCCAGAUGGAGGCCCAGCGCCUGUGCCUCUCCCUGGUGCACUCCACCCAUCUGGCCCAUGUCCGUGAAGCCAUGGAGAGCGAGAGGGAGCAAGCGCUUUCCAGCCUGAAGGAGGAACUGGCUUCUGCCCAUACCCAAGAGCUGGAAGAGCUACAGGAAGUGCAUCGUCUGGAGCUCCGGACUCUCCCGGGGCAUGGGGCAGUGGGGAGUUGGGUGCCCUGGGAGGAUUCUGUGCCAGAGUCAAGCAGGGGAUUGCACAGUAACAAUUCUCCAGGCUGGGAAGUGGAGCGACCGGAUGCAAUCUCUCCGUGGACAGGGGAUGCGGGGGUGGAUUCCCAGAUACUUAUUGGCAAGCUUUGGGAGGCGGUGUCUGAGGAGUGCGCUUCCUUUACCCAGUCAUUCCUCGAUGGCCUUGGAGAACCAUCUGCUACCACCCCCCAGCAAGGCUUCCCAGUAGAAGAUGGUGGGGAGGCUCCGGACAGCCUCACCCCGCCGGGGGAAGAACCGGGUCCAAAAGUUCGGCCGCGUCAGGCUGAAGACUUGCGAGCGGACCUGCGAGCGCUCGUCAGCAGGAUAUCCCAAGAGCACAGCCGGCUUCUGGAGCUUCAGACCCGCUUGGCCAAGGGCGGCAAAGAGGUUGGAGAAUGGCCGGCUGGAGGUGCAGAAGCGGGGCGAUGGCCAGAGGUGGGCGAGAGCCGUGUCUGCUGGGUGGACGACGAUUGGCCUCCGGCCCCUGCCCAGACCCCCUUUCUACCGGGCUGUACCGUUGCCAUCGGAGACCUUACAGCUGGGGCGUCUCUCUGGGAAGAACCGUCCAGGUUAGCUUCGUCAUCGGGAGGAGAGCCUGCUGGAGAGAUCGGGAGACCUGAGUCCUGUUCUCAGCCACUGUCGGGAGACACCUCGGCGGUGGGAGAGUCUAACGUCCAGCACUGCGUACGCCCCGUCUCCCCGGCAGAGCCCGGGCAGGGGAACCGUGGUCCUGGGUGGCAGAUGCAGCAGCACGUGGACCCUCCGGUGAAGGGAAGGGUCAUCCCUGAAGACGAACCAGAUGCAGAUGUUGUCCGGCAGCUGGAACAGCGCUACCAGGAGAGGCUACAGGAGGAAGUAGCCAAGGUGAUCGUGUCCAUGAGCGUCACGUUUGCUCAGCAGAGCGAACAGGCCCGGCUGUCGGGGCUGAGGGAAGCCCACGCCCCGGGAAGGCGAACGCACGCACCCUUUCAGCCAGAGCAGAGUCUGGCCAGCGAAAUGGAACUUGCCGACAGUGAACCAGCACCACCACCCUGGGGUGCCCACGUCUCCACCUUUCAAGAGGAAUUGAAGGCCCUUAGCCAAGGACUGAGUGAGGACAAGUCCCGGAAAAUUCUCGUGCUGGGAAGUGAACGUGGGGAUGGGGAACUCGAGCUGGAGGCCCGGGAGCUGGCUUGUGCAGGAGAAAUCUUCCCAAAAGACCAAGACUUUGUUUUGAAAGACAUGCACGAUGUGCCAGAGGCAUCCCGGCAGCUGCGGCUGCAUGAGGAGAAGCUGGAAGACCUGCGCCAGGAACUGGUGCGCCAGUGUGAGGAGCACCAGCAAGUUACCGAGCGGCUGCGCCAGGCCCACAUGCGCCAGAUGGAGAGGCAGCGGGAGGACCAGGAGCAGCUCCAGGAGGAGAUCCACAGGCUGAACAGGCAGUUGGCCCAGAGUUCCUCAGUAGACACUGAAAACCUGGUUUCUGAGCGAGAGAGGGUGCUCUUAGAGGAGUUGGAAUCCUUAAAGCAGCGGGCUUUAGAAGGAAGAGAGCAGUUGUGCUUUCAGGUGCACAGCCGCAGUACACAGACCCAGCUUACACAGGAGGAACCUGACCUCUCUGAGGAAGCCCAGGAGCCCAUCCCCAGUGGGGAGGAGCGGGAGAGGAACGCGGAAGACACGGCUCCCGAUGGCCUGUCUGCAGAGAGACACGCCCUGCGUCAGGCUAACCGCCGGCUCCUGAAGGGACUGCUGGAGGUGGCGAAGACGACGGUCGCGGCGGAGGAGACCAUCGGCCGCCACGUCCUGGGAAUGCUGAACCGGUCUGGAGGAGGCCCGGCAGCCGAGGGGCCCACACCACCCCGCCCCUGCGAGACCCACCCUGAAGGAGAUCCUGCCGCCCCCUUCUUGGAACACGAGGGGCCAGGUCACACCCCCGACCCAUGGACGGAGGCUCCCGGUGGAGGAGAGGACCUGUGUCAGCUGGUCCUGCGGAGCGGCUCGGCAGGCCCGGACAUGGGCCCCGAGAGCGAAGAGUUGGCCCUGAACGUCAGCUCCCGACUCCAGGCGGCUGUGGAAAAGCUGCUGGAUGCAAUCAACACCACCAGCGACCAGCUCGAGCAUGCCAGGGUGGCCCAGACAGAGCUGCUGCGCGAGUCGUCCCGCCAGACGCAGGAGGCCGCAGAGUUGCUGCGCUGCCAAGAAGAACUCCAGGAGCGGCUCCGGGAAGAGGGCAAGGCCAGGGAACAGCUGGCCGAGGAGCUCAGCAAAGCCGAAGGUGUCAUCGACGGCUACGCGGACGACAAGGCCCUCCUCGAGCGGGAAGUCCUGGAAAAGACGGAUGUGAUCGGCCGGCUAGAGCAGGAGCUGCUGCGGGCAGGUAACAGAUUGCAGGAGUUGGAGGCCGAGAGGCAGCAGGUCCAGGAAGAGAAGGCUCUGCUCUCCCGGCAGAAAGAAGCCCUGAGCGCGGAGGCAGGCCCUGCUGAGCAGCGGCUGCUAGGUGCUGCAGUUCAUGCAGCUCUCCAAGCAGAGUUCCUGCAGGAGACGGAGAAACUGGCCAAGGAAAAGCUGGAUGUACAGCGCCAGGCAGAGAAAGAGCGCGACGACCUGCAGAAGCAAGUGAGGACGCUGGAGGUGGACGUGGAAGAGCAGGUCAGCCGCUUCCUUGAACUGGAACAGGAGAAGAACGCUGAACUGGUGGACCUAAGGCAGCAGAACCAGGCCUUGGAGAAGCAGCUGGAGAAGACACGCAAGUUCUUGGAUGAACAGGCGGUCGAUCGAGAACAUGAGAGAGAUGUGUUCCAACAAGAGAUCCAGAAGCUUGAGGAGCAGCUGAAGGCGGUCCCCAGAUUCCAGCCGGUCAGCGAGGAGCAAGCCCGAGAGGUGGAGCAGCUAACGGAGCAGCUGAAGGAGAAGACGGACCGAUGCAGCGAGGGGCUGCUGGCUGCGGAGCAGCUGCAGAGGGACCUGCAGGAGCGUGAUGACCAGCUGGACAGGCUGGGCUGCCGACUCAGGGAGCUGGAGCAGGCCCUCGUCCUUGGUUCCCACGGUCGGCCCGAGGUGGAAGAGCAGCAGCAGGCAGGAGCCGCAGACGGUAAAGGAGAGCUGGCCCUGGAAGCCCAGCUGCAGGUGGAACGCGAGGCUGUGGACAGGAAGGAAAAGGAGAUAACCAACUUGGAGGAGCAGCUGGAACAGUUUCGGGAAGAACUGGAAAAUAAGAAUGAAGAAGUCCAGCAGCUGCACAUGCAGCUGGAGAUCCAGAAGAAGGAAUCCACCACCCGCCUGGCCGAGCUCCAGAUGGACAACCAGCUGUUUAAGGAGGAGCUGGGGCGGCUGGGGUUGGCGGUCCAGGGCUCUGAAGGCACCCUGGCACCGGACCCUCAUCUCAUCGUUGGGAAAUUUGCCCGGAUCCUCCAGGAAAAGGAACUGGAUAUCCAGGAACUGAACGAGCAGAUGGCCAAAUUGCAGCAGCAACUGGAAACUGCUGCAGAUAACAAGGUUAUUGAAGAGAAGAAUGAGCUGCUCCGGGAACUUGAGGCGCAGGUGGAAUGCUUGAAGAGUGACCAGGAACGGGUAAAGAAGAGGAGCCAGGAGGAGGUGGAGCAGUUGAACGAUGUGAUUGAGAAACUGCAGGAGGAACUGGCAGGCUUGGGCCAGAAGGAGUCAGUCGGCGGAGCCCUCCCCCAGGGGGGUGCAGACAGCCUGAAGCAACAGCUAGAAGCCGCACUGGCCGGGGACACCGAGGCCGUGGCCCUGGGAGCCGCGGACACGGUGGCCCUGGAGCGCCAGGGGCAAGCUCCGGCCAAGGAGGUAGUCGUCUCUGGGCUGGGGCCCUGGGCCGGGGAGACACAGCAGGAGCAGGACCCCGGAGCCCCGGCGAGUGGUCGGGAGAUCUCCGGAGUGGGGCCGCAAGGGAGAGGUGCAGCGGGAAGCCUGUCUGGGCUCCAGCAGGGACAUUCUGAGGGCUUCGUGAGCCAGGACCCCCAAGCCCUUGCCGAAGAGCAGCCAGAAGCCCCGGCGCCGGGUUGGACUCACCCCAAGCUGAAGGGCACAGGCGAGCAAGCCCCAGCCGAGAUGGCCUCGGCCCUCCUGGAGGCACCGGGGCAGAGAGUGGCUGCCGAGAGCCAGGCGCCGCUCUGGCCGGCUCCGGAGCCUGCAGACCUCCAGUGGGGAGCCCUGGGGAUGCCUGGGUCCAUCUCGGGUCCAGCUGGGGAGGCUGUCUCCAGUCUUGGUGCGUUGACCCUGAGGAUCGCCGAGCUGGAGGGUCAGCUGGCGGACGCGCAGUCCCGCUUGCUCCUGGAAAAGGAGCAGCUGGAAAUUGCAAAGAGGAGCGCUCUGGAGAAGGAAGCAGAUCUGCAGGAGCUGAAGACUUGCCUGGCGCAGAGCGCGGGGGAUGGCGUAGGGGCAGAGGACGGACACGGGCCUCACCAGGGGACUGCAGGAGGCCCCAAGGGCCACAUCGAGGAAGCCCAAGUGAGGAGAGCGAGCGAGUUGGUGGCCGAGCUGGUCCUGACUCGUGCCGAGCUCAUGGCUGCCAGAGAACAACUGACCAGCUCCAGGCUCCAGGUGGAAAAACUCCAGGAGGAACUCAUGGGAAGAGAGUCCCAGGCAGCCACCCUACAGGAGGAGCUGGAGCGGGCCCGGGACCGCCUCGCGGGUGCCCUGAGGCGGGAGGAGGAGCUGGCCGCGCUGGACGGCCGCCGGAGCUCCAUGCCCAGUCCUGACCAGGCACCCUCAGGACUCACUGCCAAUGGCCAGGAGCCCGUGACCCAAGCCCUGGGUCUGGAGGAGAGGCACAGCGCGGAAACUCAGGUGUCGGAAAGGGAGCGCGUGAGCACCGUUCAGCUGCUGACGGAGGAGUGCGCUACCCUGAGGGUGCUGGGAGAAUGGCUGAAAGCUAAAGAGGGAGUAUCGGUUCCUGGGUUGGCCCCGUCCGACUCUUCCCAGACCAGAGGGCCGGGCUCCAGUGAUUCUAGUUCGGAUUGGAGUCAAGGAAUCUGUCUCGCUCAGAGUCAGGGAUUCGAUACCGCCUCGGAAGGCCUGGGAGAUGAAGCCGAAAGCUCGGCGGACUCUUUUCCAAAGAAAAUAAAGGGGCUGCUAAGGGCGGUCCAUGCAGAGGGCGUCCACGUCCUCUCGCUCACGGAGCCCCACUUCCCGGAAACGGACCCUCCGGCCCCGCAGCAGGCCCUCGGGCCCUGGCAGGAAGAACGGAACGCUUAUCUCAGCACCAUCUCCUCCCUGCGGGCUCUCAUCGCCACCAUGCGGGAGCCUGAGCCACCUGAGGGGUGUGAGAGCCCCCAGGCUCCAGCGAGUGCGCCUGACUGGAGGAGUGAGCUGCUCAGAGCCCUCCAAGACACCUUUCUCCAGGAGUGGGGGCUGCUGCUCGCGGCCUUGCAGACGGAGCUGGCGGUCCGAGGGGCUGAGGAUGCCCGGGGGCUGCUGGGCCAGCUGGAGCGGAGGCUGCAAGAGCAGGGCCGGGUGCACGCAGCCGCUCUGGACAGGCUCCUGGCUGCCGACCGCAGGAGUCUGCUGAUGGAAGUCCACAGUCUUCGGGAUCAAAUGGGCCGGAGCAGCCGGGCCGCGGAGAGGGACAGCGAAAGUGGCCUCCCGAGGCCUGGGUCACUGGAAAAGCUUGGCGAGGCUGGAGCGGGUGCGCCAUGGGAGAGGAUGGACAUCACUGAGCUGAAGAACCAGCUUGCGCAGGUUCGGCUGGAGCUGGCCACAGCCCUGCAGGCCCGACACCGGCAGGCUCAGGAGCUGGAGGCCCUCAGGGCGGAACUCCAAGGGAAGAAGGAUGAGGUGGACGUGGCGAACGAUUCGUUGGCCACUGAGCAGAGGAAGGGCCGGGAGCUGCGGUGGGCCCUGGAGAAGGCCGAGGCCCAGGCGGCUCGCAGCCAGGACAGGGGCAGAGAAGAACUGGAGGACCUGCGGUUGUCGCUUGAGGACCAGGUGCAGAGGAACGUUGAGCUGAGCCACCUUGUCACCCAGCAGCAGCAGCAGCUGAACGACCUGCAGCAGAAGACGGAGUCACAGGAAACCGUGCACGCCGCCCAGCUGUCCGCGGAGCGGGGCUGGAGCGCUGAGCUCCAGCGGCUCCUGGACUCAGAGAGGGCCCGGGAGCCCGAGGGGAGCACGGUGGCGGAGCAGGGCGGCACGCACGCCCCGCUGCCGGCCCAGGAUGGGGCGGCGGCGGAAGAGGCGGCAGCCGAGCUCCGGAGGCAGGUGCAGGAGCAACAGCGGCGGCUGGAGGAGCUGGUGCGGGAGGUGGAGGCGUCCAGGUUGGAGUCUCUGCAGGCCGGGCAGCAGCUGGAGCGAGAGCGCCAGGCGCAGGGGGCUGCUCUGCAGGCCGCCCAGGAGACCCAGGCACGGGGGCAGCAGCGGCUGCAGGCAUUGCAGGCCCGAGUGGAAGAGCUGCAGGUGCAGCUGGAUGGGAAGACCCAGCAGGUGUGCAGCCUGGAGCGCGAGUGCCGCCGGUUGCAGGGGAUCGUGCAGGAUCUGCGGAACCAGCAGCGAGCACAGGAAGGGAGGAGGGGGGCCGGGCGAGCCCCUGACCCGAUGUUCGGCGAAGAGCAGGCUCCCUGGGACCUCCCCAGCGACAGAACGAGGAACUGGGUGCUCCAGCAGAAGACGGACGGAGUGGGCGUCAACGGGGAAGAUGGCGGGGCCGGGGAGUGUCCUGGGCCGGUGCAGCAGACCAUGCAGCAGGUGGCUUUGCGGCUCGAGCGCCUGGCUCAGAAAGCCUCCAGCAGGCUGCCCUUUGACCCAGACGAUGACGAGGAUUUUGCUUGGCUGCAGAGAGACGUCGACAGCGUCAUUUUCCAACUGCUGAAGUGGUCCGGGCCUGUGCAGCCUGGAGAGGAGCUCACCGUGGGGACCCCGGGUGGCCCUGGGUUGGCGCUGACGGAAAGGCUGCUGAGACAGAGCGCAGAGCUGACCGGGCACAUCAGCCGGCUGACCGCCGAGAAGAAUGACUUGCGCCACGCCAUCCUGAAGCUGGAGGAGGAGGUCAGAUGGUAUCGGCAGAGAGGAUCCUGGGGUGGCGAUGAUGAUCCCGGCGGCCCUCACCUUGCCGGAGGCGCCGCCCCCCCCGAUGCCCUUCCGGCCUGUGAGCGCCAGGCCUGGGGCCGGGAGAAGGCGGCGCUGCAGCGGGCCCUGAGGCGGGCACAGGCCGAACUGGGCAGACUCAAGGCGGAACUGAGGAACGAAACCCUGCUGCGGGACCUCGGUCUCGGCCUGGAUCCGGACAGCGCCGUCCUGAAGAGGAUGUACAGCCGGUUCCUGCGGGCUGAGGGUUACCGGAAGGCGCUGAUCUACCAGAAGAAAUACCUGCUGCUCCUCCUGGGAGGCUUCCAGGCAUGCGAGGAAGCCACCCUGGUUCUCAUCUCCCGCAUGGCGGGGCAACCGGCUCCUGCAGCCCCGGAAACCGGCCCACCGCCACCCCCGGCCCUCACCAGGUUCCGCUCUGCUGCUCGGGUGUCCAUUGCGAUCUCCAGGAUGCGGUUCCUGGUUCGCCGGUGGCAGCGGCUGGCAGGGUCUGGCCCCACCGUCACCAACAGGGAGGGCCCUGGGUCCGGCUCAGGACCGUGGCUGCCUCCGGGGCCGGAGCUCGGGGUGGAACGCACGUGCCUGACCCCGGCUGGGCUUCUGGAGCUGUUGGUGGAGCAGAGAGCCGCCACCGUCGCCUCAUGCCGCUACAGGGCGGAUGGGGAUCGCCCUCACUCUGCUGGGCCCUUCCCUCACAGGUUCCCCACCGCAGCCCCCGCUGACCUCAGCCCCGCCUCGCUAGCCUGUUCCCAGCUGCAGAACUACGAUCCCGACCGAGCGCUGACGGACUACAUCAGUCGGCUCGAAGCCCUGCAGAGGCGGCUCGGGAGCGCCCAGCCAGGGUCUUCCACGGUCCACGCCGGGGGGAGGAGAUGAUGGCUGAGCCCUCCCCCGCGGCGGCUGGAUCGGAGCCCGCAGGGAAGUGUCGCCUUUUGUACGCUUGUGCCGCCUCCGUCCGUCCACCUGUGCUUCUGUGACGUGUAGAUGCCGGGACCGACACCGCACGUAGGCCAAGCGGGAGGGAGUGGCGGCUCCCUGGCAGCGGCCGUUGCGCUCCGCCCCUGCCCCCAGCCCCCGUCCUGUGUUGUCGUCCCCCCACCCCCCGCCCCCCGCCACCAACUGGAAGGUGUCGAUACGAGCAGUUUGUGUAUAUUGAAGCACAACCAUCAGCCAAUGACCUGUAGAGUGGUGGAUUGCUAAUUUAAAUGAUUAACUUAUAAGGAAGGAUUAAUUUAUCAGGUGGGUGGAAGGAGGGAGGAGCCCGUGGGGGCUCUGUGGCCGUGAGGGCGGGUGGGCGGGCGGACAGACAGUCUCACUUGGAGAGACCUAUUUUUGUAAGGGUAGAAGUUUUGAAUUUUCGGGGUAUUUUGUCAAAGUUCUGAAUAAAGAUUCCUGCAUCGUUUUA